AUGGUAUUCGCUCAAUGGGUUGCGCUGUUCAGCAACUUUGUCACUGCGGAUCAGCCACUGUCUAAUAUUGUAUACAACUUUCGACGGCAUGCUGUAGACAUUCGAUGGAGAGAUGGCAGUCUAAAUGGGAUACGUACCGGGGAGAUCCAGCCGAUGGAUUCUGUGAAGCAGCAGACAUUCGAAGGACACGUGAUUUCGGUUCAUCGGCAAGGGGAGACCUUUACCCUAGCUAGAUUUGCCAUGACGGCGGCACAAGCCGUCUAUGCCGUUUUACCAGAAGUACGAGAUAAGGAGGCUUUUCGACAUCCGCUGUACUUGAAGUACAUGAAGGAAUUGGAAAGGCCACAACUGCGCGCCACGUUGGCCAGUGCUGGGCUAGCGGAGGCUGCUGUGCUUGAUGAGACGGUUUCUGCAAGCCCGCCUGGCUUUAGUGCAAAAUUUCACAACUUCCAGAACUUCCCAGUAGAAGUAUAUUGGGACGAUGGCUCGGAGCACGGAGUGCUUCAGGAGAACAUCUCUGCGAUGAGUUCUGGCGAGGGACACACAACUUUCGAAGGCCACACAUUCGAGUUCAAGCGGCGGAAAGAAGGAGCUCUCGAGACGGUGGAGCGCUUUACAAUGCGCUUGAACGAGCGCAACUAUGCUGCGUUGCCGGAUGAUGUAUCCCGCGAGCACCCGCAGUUCUUGACCUACAAGAAGCAGAUAGACUUUGAAAGAGAGUAUUUCGAAUCUACAGGGAGGCACUGGUUAGCGGAGUAUCCUCCAGUGCCUCCAGUGCUUCACAUCCGCUCGAGCAGCGGCCUGGGGGAAGUUGCCCAUUCAGUGCAGCUGCGCAGAGAGUCGCACGUUGCAGGUGUACCAACUGAGAUGCAGCUCAUUUCUUUGUCACCUCCUGCCGGAGCGCCGCGGGCCUUCCUGAUCCGCGACUUGCUGACGGCUGAAGAGUGUGCCCAUGUGGUGGCCCUGGCAGAGCCUUUGCUGGAGCGAUCCCGCACUGGCAGCAAUUAUGGCCAGGAGAGCCUUCUGCGGACCUCCUCAACUACUUUUCUCAAUCGAACAGUGAGCCCCGCGUUGGAGACCAUGCACAAACGGUUUGCUGAUGUCCUGGGUGUCACCGAUGAUGAGCUGCGGGCGGCUGCCGAGCAGCUGCAGGUGGUACGCUAUGAGCGCGGUCAGGAGUAUGUGCCACACAACGAUCAUUCUCCUUUUGCUCGACGACUGGCAACGCUGCUGAUCUAUUUGGAACCUUCAGAAGAGGGCGGAGGCACAUCUUUCCCGCGUGCCUUUGGUGACGUGGGACUGCAAGUCCAUCCUAUGAAGGGCUCAGCGAUCUUGUUCUAUUCCCAGUUGCCAGACGGCAAUAUCGAUGAGCUCGCUCUGCAUGGCGGCAUGCCCGUUGCCCAAGGCCGAGACAACAUUACAACUUGUUGCACCGUUCACGCCACUGGAGAUUUCGCUCUGACCGUGCAGUACCAGGACGCCACUUGCAUCGUGGCUUGCCUUCCUGAGCCGCUGCUAGACCAGGCCCUUUUUGCCGUUUUUGACGGCCAUGGUGGGUCUCAAGUAUCUCACAUUGCUUCCAAAGAGUUUCCAAAGGUAUUGCAGGUUUGUGCCAACAAGCUACGAGACUCUGGUUCCCGGAGAUCCGAGAAGGAGGAGCAAUCACAUGACCCAGACGGAAUUGCAGGGCCGCGCACUCCAGGGACAUCCAGCAGAGCCAAACCCAAAGAAGAGGAUGGUAAGGGAACAGAGCAUGUGCAAUCCAAUGGUGUCGAGGCAGACAUCGCCUUGAAAGCGGAAGGCGGCUUGUGUGGCAAGGUCUCUCCUGCGAGAUUGCUGGCAUUGCACUCCUCCAGCCACUACCUCUCGCGAGAGACUGACAAUUUGAGCAAUGCUGUGCAGCCAUUUGCCCGGUCUGCCUGCGUGCCUCACGGCGUGCCUCACGGCGUGCCUCACGGCGGACAGCGGCAAGCAUGGCCCCAACGCCGAUGGGAUGACCAGGUUGGCGAAUAUCAUUUCGUUGAUGUCGACAUGAUGUCAGGCGUCAAGCAAGUGAACGUUUUCAGGCGAAGCGAUGCCUCCUGGCGAGCGUGGCUUGCGCUCGGCUUCCAGGGUGUCGGCAGCGCCUCCAACGUGUCAUUGGCGAGCCUGAUGCCGGAGAUCUUGUUGAGGUCCUUGAUGGCGUUGGAUGCGUCCGAGCAUGGGGAGUUUACAACCCCAAUUCUUUGUACAGAGUGCGGGUUCUUCAACGCGGCGGAGGUAGCAGGCCGGAUUUACCUUCAAUUCUGCUUCAUCGCUUGCGCUCUGCAGCUGCCACGCGUCGACUUUUGGGCCUGCCGACAGCUGGUCAGGACACUACUUGCGCCAUGGCAAUGUUUGUUCUUCUUCACCAUAGUUUUUGGUAGCUCUCACUAUGGUGCUGAGGAUGAAGCCUACAGGCUUGUUAAUGGCGAGGGUGAUCACAUCUCAGGACUGAUCGUUGACGUCUACGGAACAAUUGCUGUGGUGCGGACAUCAGCUUUCUGGGUUGAAAAGCACAGACAGGUCGUGCAGGAUGCUCUUCGGCAAGUCUUUUUGGAGGCCGGAGAGCAAGUACGCAUCGUUUGGCGUCGCAGUGCUCACCUGCGACAGGAUUCACCUCCCGGACAUGAAGGGUAUGACGAGGCAUUUGAGGAGGAGGUGAGUCAAUCAGAGGAAUGCCAGGUGGCCGAGUCUGGGCUGCGUUUUUGGGUGCGUCCUGCUGGUGGCCAAAAGACCGGCUUGUACCUUGACCAGCGUGAAAAUCGCAAAGCUAUCGGCUCCCUCGUGUCACAGCAGAUGGCACCUCGGGUGCUCGACUUGUGCUGCUAUCAUGGGGCCUUUUCGCUGGCAGCUCUGUCUGGUGGGGCCUCCAGUGUGACUGCGGUUGAUUCGUCUGCGGACGCACUGAAGGUGGCAGCCCGGAACGCCGAGCUCAAUGAGUUGAGCGGUCUCUGCUUGGAGCAGUCUGAUGUUGCCUCCUUUCUGCAGGCGGCCGUGGCCGAAAAGCAGGAGUACAACGUGGUCAUUCUUGAUCCACCAAAGUUGGCUCCUUCCAGGCGCGCUGCUGCUUUGGCCAAGGCUGAGCGCAAAUACCUCGCCUUGAACCAGGCGGCGAUGCGUUUGGUGACACCCGGCGGCUUGCUGCUGACCUGCACGUGCUCUGCAGCUAUGACGCAAUCCGGGCGCUUCCUGAGCAUGCUCAACAACGCAGCAAAUGCAGCGGAGCGAGAUGUUGCAGUUCUACAGGUCUCGCAGGCAGCGCCCGACCAUCCGAUUUCUCCAGCUUGCCCCGAGGCAGCCUACCUGACUGCCGUUCUGGCUCGCGUGGAGUGA